AUGGUUCCAGAAUUCGCACUUUUCUUAUCGAACGUUAGUAACAGACUACUUUUCUCCCUCGACGUUUUCCGCUCUUUGCAAACGAAUGAGCUGGACUUGUCGACUGCCACGACCACUGCCAAGUUCGGUGGAACGAGCGACGACUCCAGCUCUGAGGACGCGAUCGACGCUAUUUUUGCAGCCAGGGACGGUACUCAGCCGAAGCGUUCCCGAAUCGAGAACGUGGCCAAUCAAGGAUCUGUCGAUCGCAAUCCGGUGUCAGCAAUGCAAUGUGCGUCUGUCGUGCCCCGUCUGCUCGAAGCGCUUUGGCGCCUCCUGGAGCGCCUCGAGUUGGUCGAUUUGGUCCAGUCCGAGAUGGAGCGACUGCUUGGAGACAUCCCGUCCUAUCAGCCAUGCAAAGAUGAAGCCGAAUGCCUGAAAGCGACCUCGUCCCUUCGUAUCCGUGUUGUCGAACCGGUCCUUGGCAUGAUAAUCGCUGGAUUGGCCGCGGAGGAGCAGGCGUCUGAAUCGUCGACGAUGGCGAGAUGGGGCGUCGGCAAGUUCUCGCUGAUUUCCAAGUCACCGCGCCUGCACCGCCACCAACAGGGUGACGAAGACCUGUUGCUUCUCGCUGAUCGCAGAGUGGCCUCUGUAGUCUGCCUCGAGAGCAAACAAGAUUCUGUCCUGAAUAAAUACGGCCGCGUUCUCGAUUCGUCGUCCCUCAAAUUCCCAAAGGCUGCAUUUAGACUUGCGGACCAAGAGGCCACAAGAUUGCGUGUCAAGAAGCCGGCAACAUUCAAGUCGAGCGCCAUUUUGCUCAAGGUAAGCCGUCUCGCGCACUUGUGCAGUUCUUCCCAGCGGCCCUAGUAUUGAUCAAAGCGCCCCGAGCUUGCGCAGUCGCGCCUGCAGUUGGCAACCGCAUCAAUUGACUACCAAUUUGACGUCCGUUUCGGGAUCGUCUGCGGCGCUUAUCUUGGAUUUGUGACCGAAAAAGGUGAGCAUGCUGUCCCAACUCCGUGCGCCCAACAGAUCGAGCUGCGGACUGACCGAACUGGCUUUCACUCCGCAUCAGUUCGGCUUCCGGAAUCGCACAAGGGCGAUUUUGGGGUCCUCUUCAGCCCCAUCUUCCAAAGCCUGCCCACCACAUCGUUCGAAACCCAGUACCCAACGGUAUCGCUGGCGAUGGUACUUCUCGCCUUGUGCUUGAGCGAUGUCCUCCAGGUGGAAGAACCGAGCCCCGACGUCGUCGCCGCUCUGUUCAAAGAUGCACAAUUCGAGGCUGAGGAUGACACAACCGACUCCAGCUUUCGUAGCGGUUCAGAUACUGAGGGAAGCUUGUAUAUGGAUACAGAAGCUCCGAGUAGCGAUUCGAACUGA